UUACCUUUAACAGCUUUCAGCAAGAAAUUGGGCCCAAUGGCAAUGGCGGUAUUGCGGCCUCCGGAAUGAGAAGUGAGUGAGCGAAAGGUCCUUCCAUGAAACUUCGUUUGAAGCAUAAAGGAGGCCCACCAGAGAGGCCAAACUCGACUAACGCGCAAGAGAAAAGCAAAGAUGAUCAGAGACGGCAGGCUGUGGUCCAGGGCUUUGACAAGAAGUCAGGGCUUGGCAAGCGCCUCGCCGAAGGGUUGGAGCGUGGCAUGCUGAAAGUUGCCUGCCCGCGAGGUGAAGCUCUCACGGAAGGCAGCGAGCAGUACAAGGCCUACAAGUUUCAAUACAAGAGGUUGUGUACCCACCUGCGGCGCAACAACAUAUUGUCGGAGAAGCUGAAAAGCGGGGAGCUGGACGCGGAAGAGUUGGCCUCUAUGGGUGACGAGGCGCUUAUGGCCGAGUCCCAAAGAAACGAGCUCCAGCAGUUCCGGCAGGAAAGUCUCCAAGAAGCCUUGGGAAUCACGGCAGAAGACUCUGCUCACUGGACACCAUCCGACAACUUUGCGUGUCCUCGAUGUGACUGUGACAAGUGUGUCUACAUCCAGUCCUUCAAAGGGUUUCACAGCCACGAUGAUAACAAUCAGGAGCCCGUCAUCACCAUUCGCUGCACUUCCUGCAAGCACUUGUGGAAGGAAGAUGAGGUAGAGGGUGGCCGCAUGGCAGCAGGCAGCUUCGAGGAUGGCGUGGUGCAGGCGGAUCCCAAGCCCGAAAGGAGUGAAGCUCCAUCCAUAUGGGGUGACGAGACGCCAGCUGAGCCCUGGCUGCUUCCUGCAUCAUCGUAGCGCAAAUGGAAUGCUCCCUCUUCCUUUUUUUAUGGGAUCAGUCCCCAAGGAAUGAUCAGAAGAAAUACCCCCCUGUGGUGC